UUCGUCGAUUACCGAGAAGGCUAUUAAUUCUUUCUUUUUUUUUUUUUUCUUCUUAUCACAAGCUCAACCAUGUUUCUCCAGAAGCUGUCAUUACAGAUACCUAUACACGUUUCCAUGAGAAGGGGAAAGGAGUGACGAGCCUGCUUCUCAUUCUCAUUUCCUUUCAGUUUCAGUUUCAAUUAUUAGAGAAACGUAACAGCGCAAGCACAGAACACGAGGAAAAGAGAGGGAGAGAGAGAUGUCGACGGCGCCCUUUUGCCGGAACGGGAGCUCCGUGGCGAAGACUGUACUGAUAACAGGAGUGGGUAAAGGAUUGGGCAGAGCCCUAGCCCUAGAGCUUGCAAAGAGAGGCCACACUGUAAUCGGAUGCUCUCGCACUCACGAUAGAAUCUCCUCCCUCGAAUCAGAGAUUACCUCGCCUGACCAACACCUUUUCCUCAACGCAGAUGUGAGAUCCAAUAACAGUGUUGAAGAGCUAGCGCAUGUUGUAAUAGAAAAGAAGGGGGUCCCGGAUAUCAUAGUAAAUAAUGCAGGUACUAUUAACAAAAAUAACAAGCUUUGGGAGGUUCCUGUAGAAGAAUUUGAUACUGUUAUUGAUACAAAUGUGAAAGGAAUAGCAAAUGUGCUGCGCCACUUUAUUCCUUUGAUGCUUCCAAACAAGCAAGGGAUUAUUGUUAAUAUGUCUUCUGGAUGGGGAAGAUCUGGUGCUGCGCUGGUUGCACCUUACUGUGCUUCGAAAUGGGCUGUUGAGGGCUUAAGCAGAGCUGUGGCUAAGGAGUUGCCUGACGGAAUGGCAGUUGUCGCACUUAACCCAGGUGUGAUUCACACAGACAUGCUUGCAUCAUGCUUUGGGGCGUCAGCUGCACUAUACCAGGCACCUGAUGCAUGGGCUUUGAAGGCAGCUACGAUGAUACUCAAUCUUACAGCGGCAGACAAUGGUGCAUCUCUCACUGUCUAAAGGAGGCCAGUAAUUAAAUGGAUGAGAAGACCAUUUCAGGUUCCGGUAUGAAGAAAUUGAGUAAUAAUACGCAAACAAAAAUUUUGGUAGAAAUUUACUGCAAACUGAUGUAGCAGCAAACUGAAACAGUACAAAAAUUAGUUAGUGAUAUCAGUUGUAACAUCAAUUGAGGUUAAAUACAGGGCUUCAUCUAUGGCAGUUAGCAAGACGAUUGGUUUUGUAGUUUAUGCUAAUUCGUGAUGCAUUUGCAACAAGUCUUUACAUUUUUAAUUUGUAUUAAAGGCAAGUAAAUUCAUGAUUUGGAAA